UUUCCCAUCCCCAAACCCGGCCAUUGCAACCUUGUAUAUACUUACAUACAUACACACACUCUCUCUCAUCCCAUUUUCAGUUUAAUUGCUAUACUUUGAGCAUUUUCUGGGGCUGAUCCGCGUCAUCAACGUGACGCGAACAUGGCACACGAAGCUUUGCCCUUUUGGCUCGUCAAUGUGCCAAAGGACCAGUGGCCGAGCGAGUGCCCGGACUUCCUAAAGGAUUGCAGCGACAAGGAUAAGGCAAUCAUUGGGAUGCCGGACGGCGAGUACAAAGUAUUGACAUGGGACCAGGUGCGGGAGAUUGUCCAGAGCAACCGUGUCGACAAAUUCCAUCGCCUGCCGAGCGAGCUGCGCCGCUAUCGGCAGUUUACCUACAGGCUCGAGAAGGACUAUGGCAGCAUCAUGAGCUUCAUAGUCAACGAGCGUCUCAAGUGGGAUACCAUGGAACCCCGAGGCGAACCAUUUCAGUUUAAUGAGGACAUCAAGAUCCUGUAUAACGACUGGCCCUAUGGCAUCGACCCAGACAUUGUCCACCUCGUCGUCUGGACCAAAUUUGAACUCGAAGACGACCCCGAGACGGGCUUGUGUACUGAAGCAUCCAAGAAGCAGAUUGAAGACUACGUGCAAAAGACGUUUGCGUCAAAGGUCAAGGAGGUGGUGUGGUUCAAGAACUGGAAGAGCCUGAAGAGCGUGCAUGCAGUGGAGCACUUUCACGUGAUGCUCUACAAGCCAGACGCGACCUUUCUAAAGCACAUUACAAAUGACGAUGUACCUAUGUCGGCUAGGGUGGUUGACGAGUAAGCAGAAGAGUGUGCGACGAUUUGGUUCGCCGUCGGAUAUACUUACCUGACAAGGCCUGCGUUCACUGCGGUUUGUCACGUAUUUAAAACGGAACAUAUGUACAUACUUAUGUACUUGUGUACUUUACUUGCAGGCGUGCGGCAGGGAAUCAGCUCUGGUGUACACAAUGGUUUCAUAAGGCCAGAAAAGAACCUA